AUGACCCCUCUUAUCGAAGAACUUCAAAAACAAUACGAGGUCUAUAACGAUGACCAAUACGAUACAACAAUUCUUGACGAGUAUCCGGUAGCCAAAAAUCCCUCCCUCACUCCACAAUCAGAUGACAACGAUGAAAAUCAAGAUUACGAGCAGUACGAGAAAGGGGAAGAUUAUGAAAAAAACGGAAACACUUUGAAACCUCCCCCCCUUGAGCCAGCCCCGGCCCCCUCUCUUCCCAUCCCCAUUAAGACUCUCCCACCCAAAAACGCUCCUCCUGCUUUUCGAAACUUGCCUCCGUCACUUCCUAGUUCUCCUCCACCGAAUUCUCGUGCCCCGGCUUUGACUCCACCUCUUCCAAACCUGACUCUGCCCCUUCUUGCAGAUUCACAACCCCCACCAUUAGUUUCACGGAAACAGAAAAAUUGUGUCAUUGAAAAGCAACAGAACCACAAGCCGAACAUAACCUCUAAUGAGCUAUGUGAUGCUAAAGAUGAAUAUGAUGCCUUAGAAUUCAACGAAGUCGAGUAUGAGCCAGAUGAUCCCAUGAGCCCACCAGCUCUUCCACCAGCGAGACCAGUUCUAAACGGCCCACAAAAAUUUGCCCCAUGCUUGCCCCCUCUUAAAAAUAACAAUUCAGCCAAGCCACAGACUCCAAAAAGUUCCAAAGAGCAGCAGAGGGAUAAGGCACAACCACCAAUUGGAAGAGGUGGUUUCGCCUUGCCAGUCAGCUUAGAAGAUAUUCAGAAAUUCAAAAACGCAGCUCAAAGAGGUGGCCUACAACCGAAAACCCCCCCUCAAUACACGAGUCCCGCCAACUCACCUGGUCCAAACAUUUUGAAGCCAUCCGGUGUUAACACUAAGAUAGCAAAUGGCGUUGCCAACAAUCAAAAUGUACCGCUACCUUACGCUUUUCCUGUGAAAACUGCAGUUUCGCCAAAAUUAAUUUCCAAACCACCCGCCAAUUCUAAUAAGAACACACUGGAGAGUAACGGUUGGUACCUUGAAAUUGACAGGAAGGAAGGAGAGAAGAUGCUGCAGAAAAGUGGCAAGAACGGCGUUUUUAUAGUAAGGCCAAGCGCAAAGGAACCUGGGAAGCCUUAUACGUUGGCAGUUUACCUGAACGGGUCGAUCAAAAAUAUACCGAUACGAAAGAAAAUGAACAAAUUUGCGCUUGGAAUAACGGAAAAAACUAACGAACAAACGUUUGACAGUGUGCAAGACAUGGUAAAGUAUUACUGUACAAACAAGUUAGAUGUUACAAAUCAGGACGGAUCAUUGACUGAAGUCACGCUGGUCGACAGCAUGUGA